AUGGUUGGUGAAGCGGGAGAGAUAAGCACUGAACUUUCCAUGUCCAGUGAGAAACUGAGUAGUAUGGUAGCUCGGCGCAAACCAGUCAAGCUUCAUAAAGUCACUAAUGUUUGGAAUAUAGUUAUACGUAAUGCAGGUGUUAUUACUGUUCCAAAUGCUUUGCCAAGUAGAAAGGGUGUCCCUCCAGAGGAGCUGGCAAUUAUAGUGUUUUAUAGAAUUCGUGUUGAUAUGAAAGAUAAUGCGUAUUCUGUUUAUAUCAGCUUCCUCACUGAUCAACCUCAUAUUGCUGGAACGGAAAGAGAUAUUCGACUCGCUCGUUACAUUGGUGAUCUGUGGACCGAACAAGGAUUGGACCAAGUCAAAUUAGUGCCGUAUAAUGUAUUGCUUUCGUAUCCAAAUCCAGAUAAAGCGAACGAAAUUUCGAUUGUGAACGACCAAGGUGAAGUCAGUUUUAUCGCUUGUCACGAAGAGAAAAUACUGCAAAACAAAUUCUGUAUUCAGCCUUUUAAUGCGUAUUCGCCAAAGGGUGAUAUUUUGGCAGAUCCGCUUUAUGUUAAUUAUGGAAGAGACGAAGAUUUUGAUUUGUUGGAAGAAUUGGGAAUUUCAAUAAAAGGAAAGAUAUGCCUGGCCCGUUAUGGAAAAAUAUAUCGUGGGAAGAAGGUAUCGAAUGCCGCCAAAAGAGGCGCCCUCGGUAUGAUAUUGUUCCUUUGCCCCACAGAAGUGGCGGUGUGCGGCACGAAUUCAGAAAACGUGUAUCCAAAUACAUGGUGGAUGCCUUCGGACGCUAUACAAAGAGGCGAUAUUCGCGAAGAGAAAGGAGAUCCGCAAACACCCGGAUAUCCGUCUUUGGAUGACGCCUACAGAAUUCCGGUUGAAGAGAUAAACGAUUUUCCUAAAAUACCUUGCCAACCUAUAGGCUAUGGAGACGCUUUGGCCAUUUUACAACAACUCGGAGGAAAUCUUCUUCCCGAAGAUUGGACCACAAGAAAUAAAGAUAUUCUUAUUGGACCUGGAUUUAAAGACUCGGAAAAAAAAUUACGAUUGAUUGUAAAUAACGAAUUUAAACAAGCUGUUUGCUAUAAUGUAAUUGGUAUAAUUGAAGGCGCAGUUGAGCCCGAUAGAUACGUGCUACUUGGAAAUCAUCGCGAUGCCUGGGUUUACGGGGGAGCGGAUCCUUCGUCCGGCACUGCUCAAAUGUGUGAAGUUAGCCGCGUAUUGGGAACAUUGAAAAAAGAAGGUUGGAAACCCAAUAGGACCAUAGUAUUUUGUAGUUGGGACGGGGAAGAAUUUGGUCUAAUCGGAUCUACCGAAUGGAUCGAGGAGCAUAUGCACAGUUUGCAAGCACGUGCGGUAGCGUAUAUUAACGUGGACAUAUGUGUAGCGGGCGAAAUUUUUCAUCCGGAAGCAUCGGCUUUGUUAGAAGAUUUCUUAACAGAAAUAGCGGACUUGGUAAAUUUUCACCUAACUUACGUUGUAUUAAUUAAUAUUAUUAAAAUAUCUUCUACGAUGUUUCUUUAUAUGUAUAAUUGGAUUAAGAUUCCGGAUCCAAAGCAAUCUACGAAAUCUACUUACGAAGUAUGGAAAGAUUAUAUGAUUAAAUUUCAACGCCAAGUUAGAGUGGAUUCUUUAGGACCGGGGACAGAUCACAUUCCAUUUUAUUUCUACGCAGGAAUUCCUUCUAUCAACCUUUCGUGGCUUCCGGAUACGGAAAAAUACCCAACACUGUUCUUACAUCCCGCAUAUCAUACCGCUUACGAUAACUUCGAUACGAUCGAUCGUUUAAUCGAUCCCGGUUUUCUUACUCAUCGAGCUUGCGCUCGCCUUUGCUGCCUUCUUUUAUAUCAUUUAGCCAACUGCCACAUUAUUCCUUACAAUGUAGAAAUCUUAGCGAAUAGAAUAGAAGAAGCGUGGAUUCCUUUGCGUAAUCAAUUACAAGAAGCGAGGUUUCGGAUUGACCAUUUAGAAAAGGCAAUAUUGGAUUUUAAAAAAGCUUCUCGCCGGUGGAAAAGUCGUUUAAAUUGCGUAGACAUCCGAAAUUCGUACGCCGUUCGUCGAGCAAACGAUCAAAUGAUGCUGUUGGAAAGGAUAUUCGUAAAAUCUAAACAAUAUCGAGAAAUAAAUAUUAUCAGACAUAUGAUAUUCACUCCUUAUCAAAGGUUCUUUCCCAGUCUAAUUAAUCUUCUGAGUGAAUAUCGCAAAUCUCCCGAAGAGAAGAUAAAACAGCUUCUGGAAAAGAAUAUUUCUGAUAUUAUGAUUGCCUUAAAAUCGGCCGAAAAAUUCCUGUUUGUUACUGAUUUUUAAAGUUGAUGACGAUGUUGAAAUAUAUUGAACAUUUAAAGAAAAAUUAAAUCCGCUGAUAU